UAACGUGAUUCAACUACCUCUUACCAAACUAAUGCUCAUGGCAAAUCUCACCCAAACUAGUUUCUUACUAACUCUCUAACCUCAUCCACUAAGCAUGAUUAAAUACAACAUUAUAUUGUACAACUAAUAAUCUUAUUUUCUAAUUUAAACCCUAUAGCUAGAGAUAAAAUCAUUGAUUAAUUACGUGUCAAUAUUGUUUGUCUAAUUAAUCAUAUUAGUCAUGGAAACUAGUCCACAGCACCAUGAUGAACACAUUUUUCGCAGCCGAUACCCGGUGGUCGAGGUGCCGGCGAACGUGACUCUGCCGGAAUUUGUGCUCCAAGGGGGUGAGUUGUACGCUGAGAAAGUGGCAUUUGUGGAUGCGGUGACGGGAAAAGAGUACACUCAUGGCGAAGUGGUCAGAAACACAAGGAGGUUCGCUGCGGCACUAAGGUCACUUGGGCUAAGGAAAGGGCAUGUGGUGGUUGUUGUGCUGCCUAAUGUGGUUGAGUAUGCCAUAGUGGCUCUUGGAAUAAUGGCUGCUGGUGGUGUCUUUUCUGGCUCAAACCCAGCUGCACAUGUUUUGGAAAUUAAAAAGCAAGUGGAGGACUCUGGUGCCAAGCUAAUUGUCACAAAUGCUUCCUUCUAUGAAAAGGUAAAAGGGCUAGAGGUGCCUGUAAUAGCAGUGGAGGAAGAAGUAGUAGUGGAAGGAGCCAUCAACUGGCACAAGCUGCUAGAAGCAGCAGACCGAGCCGGCACCUGUCAUAACAAAGAGGAAGUCCACCAAAACGACCUGUGCGCGCUGCCAUUCUCUUCGGGCACUACAGGAGUGUCCAAAGGCGUUAUGCUCACUCACAGGAACCUGGUGGCCAACCUCUGCUCCACACUCUUCGCAAUCAAGCCUGAAAUGGUUGGCCAAGUCACUGUCCUCGGCUUAAUGCCCUUCUUCCACAUUUACGGCAUCACUGGCAUUUGCUGCGCCACGCUCAGAAACAAAGGAAAAGUCGUUGUCAUGGACAGGUAUGACCUGAGGACGUUUCUUAAAGCCUUGAUAUCUCACGAGGUCACUUUUGCGCCAGUCGUGCCGCCCAUCAUCUCAGACUUGGUGAAGAAGCCAAUGGUCGAUGAGUUUGAUCUCAGCAGCCUCAAACUCCAGGCCGUUAUGAGUGCCGCGGCUCCUCUUGCGCCGGAGCUACUCAGGGCUUUCGAAACCAAGUUCCCUCAAGUCCAUGUUCAAGAGGCAUAUGGGCUGACAGAGCAUAGUUGCAUCACUCUCACCCAUGGGGACGACCCUGAUAAUGGUUAUAGCCGAGCCAAGAAGAACUCAGUGGGCUUUAUUCUUCCCAAUUUAGAAGUCAAAUUUCUUGACCCUGAUACUGGCCAUUCUCUCCCCAAAAACACCCCAGGCGAACUAUGUGUCAGAAGCCAAUGUGUAAUGCAAGGUUACUAUAACAACAAAGAAGAGACUGCCCGAGCCAUCGACAUGGACGGUUGGCUCCACACCGGUGACAUUGGCUACAUUGAUGACGAUGGUGAUGUCUUUAUUGUCGAUCGCAUCAAAGAAAUGAUUAAGUACAAAGGUUUCCAAGUAGCUCCAGCAGAACUGGAAGCCAUUCUUCUGACUCAUCCUUCGGUGGAAGACGCAGCAGUGUUCCCAAUGGGUGACGAGGAGGCAGGGGAGAUUCCAGCUGCGUGUGUAGUGUUGGCCCCAGAAGCAAAAGAGAGCGAAGAAGAAAUAAUGAAAUAUGUGGCUUCCAAUGUGGCACAGUAUAAGAAAGUUAGAGUGGUACAUUUUGUGGAUUCUAUACCAAAAUCACCUUCUGGAAAAAUCAUGAGAAGGGUUCUUAAAGAUGCCAUGGCCAAGAUUCCCAAAAUCCACGCAUAAUAAUAUGCCAUUAUUAACUACGUACGUACUCCAAAUAAAAUAAUGUUGUUGUUGAUCUAGUAAGCUAGUAGUGAUCAGUACCUUUAUUUACAAGAUUAUUAUUAUAUGUAAAAUCUCAUAUGAUGUUCAAUAAACCUUUAUUAUUACAAACCUCA